CGUUUGUGGUGAUCAUCAUUUCCAAAGACAUUUGGCCGCGGCAAAAUCAAGUUUAAUACAUAAUAGUUCACAUCUUACGGAUAAAAAUGCUGUUCUACUCUUUCUUCAAGUCCUUGGUGGGCAAAGAUGUGAUAGUGGAGCUCAAGAAUGAUCUCAGUAUUGGUGGAACGCUCCAUUCGGUGGAUCAGUUUCUGAACAUCAAGCUGACAGAUAUAUCAGUGACAGACCAAGAGAGGUAUCCACAUAUGCUUUCUGUGAAGAACUGUUUCAUCCGAGGGUCAGUGGUGCGAUACGUUCAGCUGCCGGCAGACGAGUGCGACACACAGUUAUUACAGGACGCUGCUCGGAAAGAGGCAACACAGAGCAAAGCUUGAUUUCAAGCAAAAUCAGUUGAACAGACAUUGAGUCGUGGAGAAAAACUUUGGGUUGUCAAUGUUGAGGAAGUAUGCAGGAGGAUAAACAUGUUCCAGGUUUUGCUCCGACGAUGCCUCGAGAUGGAACACAACCUCGUUUUAACAUCGGCAUGGGAGUGAUCUCAAAGAAGCUAUCCCUGAAUGGGAAUUUUAUUUUCAAUUUGUAUUUUGUUUUCUGUUUAUAGGCAUUUGAGGUCAGACGUGUCCUCCCCUUUUUUUUAUUUAUGUUCAUGUAUGUAGCUGGUUUCAAAUGACAGGUACUCAACAUAGCCACUUUGUUAUUGUGUAAAAUGAGAAUGAUGCAUUCCUGCGGUUUUGUAAAAAACUUUGCAAAUGUACUGGGGUAAUUUUCUGGUGGACUGGGAAAAAGAUGAAUGUUAAGAACACAAACAGAAUUGAUAAUCAGUUUCAUCAGGACAAAUUUGAAUGUUUGAAAACUUGAAUGUUUAGAGCUUAAAGUUCUUUUUAAAUAAAAUAGCAAUACAUUACACAGGAAUACAGGCAUUGCAAUUGCCUCAAAUCUUUUUUUUUUUAUUUGUUUUACUUCUACUGAACGUUGGAAUACAUUUGUGAAAGAAGCAAGCCUGCACUCAUGAUUGUUCAUACAGUACAUGAUGGACUUUGAUACUAGGAGACACAUUCCAAAAUAUGUGUUGAAAGGGCUUACGGUAGUUGAGAUUCUGGUCAUGAUAUCAGUUUUUAAUUAUUCUGAAGAAGUGGCCUACUAUAAAGAGUUGCAAUUGAUCAAAAUCAACUGAAAGUCAGCCAGCCAUUCACAAAGUUAUCUCUGGUGUAGAGUUGCAAUUGAUAGUUGACUUGAAAUUAAUUUGGAUCAAUCACAAUUCUGUAUUAAGACAAAGCCCUCAAGAAGCAAGAUUUUUUUUUAAAUUAAACACCAUGGACAAUUUUUUAUUUUUUUAUAAAGCAGAGAUAUUGAUUGUUUUUCUGAUUUUUAUUUAUUUUAUACAAGUGUUAUUGACCAAAUCUACUGGCCUUUGCUGCAUAGGAAUAGAUUAUUGCCAGUCAGAACUCUGAAAUCAUGGAAUAAAGCAGUAAGCAUCAAAGCAGAAGUCCCAUGUUGAAAUUUUGACCAUAUUUUUUUGGGGGAUUUACAUGUAGGUAGAAGAUAUUGUUUUACAGAAAAUGUAAAUGUAUAGUCCAUUUUUUAUCUUUUACGCACCAACUCGGCUCUUUGUCUUAGGAAUCAUGAUUUUCUUCAAACAAAUUGAACCCUCAAGUUAAUCACUUGAAAUAGAACUAGAAUUAGGUUUUAAUAUUGGUUGAGAUAAUUAUGUACAUCGUUUUCUUUGGAUCAUAGAGUUUUGUGAAAACUGAUCCAAGACUGUCCAACUAAAUUGAGAUGUCUGACCCGUUAUGUUACGGAACAUGUAUUAUGCUGUAAAUAAAGUGUAGGUAUUGGUAUACAAUGAA